AUCUUGGUGUUAUGAUGAGUGUAGGCUUAGCCUCAUGUGUGAUUAUGCUCAUCAAAUUCUUUCUUCCAUGCAGCAAAUGACUAUUAAGCCCUUUUUCCACAAAUCCCAUCUCACUCCACCCUACACACCUCUCUGCAAGAAAAUGUUUUGGGGUUGUAAAUAUGUCAGUUUGAAUGGAUUUGUUUGGACUUUUCUUAUAAUUUAUCAAUUGGUUUCUCUCUCUCUUCAAAAAUAAAAAUAAAAAAAGACCACAUCUUCUUAAACCCCUCUCCCUAUCUAUUCUUUCAUUUUGUUAUUAGUGGUAGAAAUCACUAGUUUUAGAUUUGAACUUUUACUUUUCAAGAUCUUUUGAAAUUUUUUAGGAGAUCUAGCUCUCAAUAAAGAGCAACUAAUUUUUAUUUUUUUUUAUGGUAAUUCACUUUUACUACUUCUCAUCAUUCUUAUUUGCAAAUUCCAAAACCAUCCACAUGAAUUUAUAAACCUUGUCCUUUUCUUUAAGAAAAUUAAAGACUCCUCCUUUUUGUCUAAAGUUGUUUUGCAUGGAUAGUAGUAGUAGCAUGUUGAGGGACUAUAGGAAAGGGAAUUGGACAAUUCAAGAAACAAUGGUACUUAUAGAAGCAAAGAAGAUGGAUGAUGAAAGGAGAAUGAAAAGGCAAGGAGGGGAUAUUGGUAAUAGUAGUAGUAGUGAAAGAGGGAAUAUUAAUAAACCAGGUGAAUUAAGAUGGAAAUGGGUUGAAGAUUAUUGUUGGAGACAUGGAUGUUUGAGGAGUCAAAAUCAAUGUAAUGACAAGUGGGAUAAUCUCAUGAGGGAUUUCAAGAAAGUUAGGGAAUAUGAAAGAAGAGUGUCUGAAAAAUUAUUAUUAGCUCAAGGGAAUGAUGAUGAAAAUAUUAUUAAGUCUUAUUGGAAGAUUGAAAGGAUUGAAAGGAAAGAAAAGAACUUGCCAACUAAUAUGUUGCCUGAAAUUUAUGAAGCAUUAGUUCAAGUUGUUGACAAAAGGGGUCAAAAAGUGCUUGUUGGUUCUUCUUUUAAUCCAACCACAACUUCUAUGUCUCCCACAUUGCAACAACUUCAAAUUGCAACUUUGCCACUACCACUACCACCACCACCACAACUAUUACCACCACCUCCUCCACCACUUGUACAACCACCACCACCUAAUAUUCCUCAUACUCAACCUUUACCAACAAUGUGUGAUAGCUCAGAUCAUGAUAAAAGUGAACAUUCAGAUUCACCAGCAAAGAGGAGAAGAAAAGGCGAAGGAGGAGGAGGAGGAGGAGGAGGCGAAGCGAGUGGGACUAGUGGUGAUCAUCAUAACACACACAAUUUGCAAGAAGUUGGUAGUGCAAUCUUCAAAAGUGCUACGAUUAUAGCAAAGACGAUUAAAGCAUCUGAAGAGGGAGAAGAUAGAAGACACAAAGAAAUGUUGAAGUUGCAUGAAAGAAGAUUGCAAAUUGAGGAAUCAAAAGCUGAGAUUAAUAGACAAGGCAUCAAUGGACUUGUUGAUUCUAUCAAUAGACUUGCAAAUUCAAUCCUUUCUUUAGCUUCUAACAACAACCAACCACCUCCACCUAAAUAGAAUUAUUCUACUACUAAAACACAUUGAAAGAGACUAAUUAAUCACAAUACAUUGUACAUAUACCUCAUCAUUGAUUAAUUCAUCAUGUAAUCUUGUGGAAUGUGGAUAAUGUUCCACCUAAUAUUGUCUCUCUCCUGUAAUACUGAAUUAAAGGGUUGUUAAUUGUUGCUCUUAAGAACUGCUUAUUUUUUAAAAUAUUUUUCAAUA